UCGUUAAUGCAGGAUCAUCUUUCCCCCAUAGGAUAUGUUAUUUUUGCAGCUCAUUGUAGUGUGCCAACAACCCCCACAUGAACUACCUCACAACCUCUGUUCUUGAAGCGAGGUGAAAGAGCCAAUCAUCGAGUAGCGGCAGGCGAUGUCGUCGAGCGAGGGGAAGAAGACGGCGUGCGUCACCGGAGGGAGCGGUUACAUCGCUUCAGCGCUCAUCAAGCUGCUGCUCGAGAAAGGCUACGCUGUCAAGACGACCGUCAGAGACCCCGAUGACACGGAGAAGAAUUCCCACUUCAAGGACUUGCAAGCGCUUGGCCCCUUGGAGGUCAUCCGUGCCCGGCUGGACGAAGAAGGCAGCUUCGACGAUGCAGCUUCCGGCUGUGACUACGCCUUCCUUGUCGCCGCUCCGAUGAACUUCGGCUCAGCAGAUCCUGAGAGAGAUAUGAUCGAGCCGGCCGUCCAAGGAACACUCAACGUGAUGAGGUCGUGCGUGCGAGCGGGGACGGUGAAGCGGGUGAUCCUGACGUCGUCGGACGCCAGCGUGUCCAGGAGGCCGCUGCAGGGCGGCGGCCACGUGCUGGACGAGAGCUCCUGGUCCGACGUCGAGUACAUUAGAGCCAACAAACCACCAACUUGGGAAUACGUGGUGUCCAAGGUGCUUCUAGAGAAGGCGGCGAGCAAAUUUGCGGAGGAGAACGGCAUCAGCCUCGUCACCGUGCUGCCUGUGUUCACCUUGGGCGCGGCGCCGGUCUCCAAGCCCAGAUCAAGCAUCCCCGUCACCCUCUCCCUGUUGACUGGCAAUGAGACACAUCUGGACAUCCUGAUAGGCGUGCAGUCGGUCACCGACUCCGUGUCGAUAUGCCACGUGGAGGAUUUGUGUCGCGCUGAGGUGUUUGUAGCCGAGAACGAGUCCUCGGCGGGUAGGUACAUCUGCUGCAGCCACAACACCACCUUCGUGCAGCUUGCCCGUCUCCUAGCGGAGAAGUACCCACAAUACAAUGUGAAACUUGAACGCUUUGCUGGGUCCUUAGAGAAGCCAAGAGUGUUUAUCGUCUCGGAAGCUCAUUGGGGAAGGGUUCGAGUUCAAGCACGAUGAUUUAAGUGAGAUAUUCGACGACCUCGUUGAAUACGGCAGGACCACGGGGAUCCUUCCCUACUGAUAUGUCAGUUGUCGGUGGACGGAUACGUAACCAGAACAAAAUAAUGUGUCUUAGCAGAAAAAAUCAUGCUUGUUGUUUUUCUUUUUUAGGCGUAACCCAUGCUUGUAUUUUCAUGCGUGAAGAUGUUUAGUUCUUUGCCUAUGCUGCAAAAAUAAAAAUAAAUAUUAUUUUGCUAAA